AGUAGUGUAGUGUUUCUCUAAUUGAACUUCGCCCAAUCAACAAUAACUCGUUAGCGGUUGCUUGCUUUUCCUGCUCCUCGAGCCAGCUUAUUCCUUGCAGGGAAUCGCCCCCAGCCAGUAUACCGUUAUACUUUCUAAAGAUCUUCAUGGAACUUCGCAGAGGAACUUUCUGUCUCUGGGAGGAUAUACAAGUCGGUUGACUGUGAAACUGCAGCCGACGCCCGCAGCAUGGUUAUUUUGGAGAAAAAAUCUCAGACAAGUGAAGUUGCAAGAUUCGACUGAAAGUGCUAAAAAAGAGUGGGGCUGCAAAGAACACGCUAAUCGAAGGAAACACUCGUGGAAGUUCAAAAGACCAUUUGAAUGAAAUAAUAAAAAACUGUCAGCAGUAAUUCCUUGACUGCGAUGACCUCCAGUAAAGACAUGAAGGCAGGCUCGGUGUUGCAGUCCAGUGGCGAGGAGCGGAGACGGGGUCCCUUGGACCAGCUUCCACCCCCAGCCAACUCAAACAAGCCUCUGACGCCGUUCAGUAUUGAGGAUAUCCUAAAUAAACCCUCGGUGAAGAAGUCAGUUGCUAAUCUCUGUCCACCGAGAGUCAUUGAAAAAGUGUCCGGCUCAAAUGCAGCAAGGAACGGUAUUACCACUCCCUCUUCGCCGUUAUGCGCUCUGGAGGAACUAGCAAGCAAAACAUUUAAAGGUCUGGAAGUCAGCGUUAUACAAGCUGCGGAAGGUCGUGAGCACGUUAACGCCUUUGGACAGAGACAGACAUCAAAAAAGAGGAGAAAGUCCCGGACAGCUUUCACCAACCACCAGAUAUAUGAACUCGAGAAGCGCUUUUUGUACCAGAAAUACCUGUCUCCGGCCGACAGAGACCAGAUAGCUCAACAACUGGGGCUAACCAACGCACAAGUUAUCACCUGGUUUCAGAACAGACGGGCCAAGCUCAAGCGAGACUUGGAAGAGAUGAAGGCGGACGUGGAGUCGCUCAAGAAAAUACCUCCACAAACCUUGCAAAAGCUAGUCACAAUGGAAGACAUUGACGACCCGCAAGGAAGCUCCGGGGCGAUCUCCCCAAGCAUCUCUCCGUCUUCACAAGGACACGGAGCGUUUCCCCAGUCCCCAUCUUCAUCCAGAGACCAAACCACGGACGAAUUCUCAGAGGAAGACGAGGAGAUUGAGGUGGACGAUUGACAGUUGGCCCAUGUUUUAUGAAAGGGCAUUUUUCAAAAACUUUUGCACGGAUAUUGACGGGAGACAUGAAACUUAAAUGGAAAGUUUACUUUCUCUUCUUCAUUUUAAUUUAUUAAUAGGACUGUAAAGCCUUUCCUGUUUCAAUUUCAUCAAAUUAUUUCUGGAAUACAUCUUUCUAUCAAAAGGAUAUGAAAAUACUUAGUGUUAUGGUACAGGAUCAAGACUGCGAAGUGUGUAUGUAUGUUACAGUUUUUUCGCUAUGGUUUUUGAGGGGGAGUUGUGCAAUUGUUUUUAACUAUUCAUCCACAUUCAGCUGCUAAAGGACAUCUACCAAAAACUCGAAUGUGCCCAAGGUUAGGCCCAAGUUUUACCCAAAAGGCCUAUGUAAUAAUUUAAAAAGACAAACUGGGCAAUAUUAAAAUUAAGGAGAUGUAUCCUGAUCUUGAUGUAAAUUUAAUAAAAAACUAACAGUUUUCCAAGUAGGCCUAGCAGUCCUGUACAAAAUGUUAUCAGUAGGCCUUUCCAGUUGCAAACAUAUCGCCAAAAACCUUUACACGCUAUAGCCUAAGUUAUGUAUAUAAAUUAAAUAACGAAACAUCCUAUGCCUAAUUUUAUUGUACCAUUCUAUUUAAUCAACAUUAUGUAAAUAAAGGGUAUGAUAUUUCAUGUUUUCUGCAAUUACGUCCGUCUGUGUCUCGAGAUUUGUUUUAAUCUACAAUUGUGUUAUAAUGGCUAGGCAAUAUUUAUUAUCGUGAACAUUUAUUUAGAAUUCAACUUAAAAUAUUGGCUAUUAGGACACGUGAUUUUGGCCUUCUAUUGACUGAAGGCAUAGGCUACUACAGUUCGUUGUUCGUGAAGUGGCUUUGUGCGUAACAGGGCAUAAUCAGCGGCAUUUUAACAAGUUCUUCCUUUUUACUCCCUCCCCAACAGUUGUCACGAGAUGGUAAGGACCGGGGGCCACGUGAAAAAAAGGUUGCGAGCACUCCGGUGCCAUAUGGUUUAUGAAUUGUCUUUAACACAAACUAGUCAACAUGAUUGAUUAGGUUAACCCGCC